GGCGGUCGAGCCUCGCGGGUCCCAGCCGGGUUGCAGGCACAGAGACAAACUCGGCCGGAACGAGGUCAAGCGCAGCCGGCCGCCGCGUCACACCUGUCUGAGGGGGUGGCGGCCGGGCGGGGGCUCACAGCGCCUUUGACACCGGAGGGAAGGAGGGAGGAGGGAGAGCGCAUUUCAUCAUCGGCGGCGGCAGCAGCGGCCACUUAUAAAACUUCUGGGCGCGCACCCUCGCACUCAGUCUUCGCGCUGCGUGCCUCCUCCGGCCACCAACGCCGCGCCCGCCACCCUCUGGCCGCCCGCCCCGGCCCAGGAGCCCCAGCCCCGCUCGCCCGGCCUCUCGUCCCGGGCCCGGCGCUGCCGCCACCAUGGGGCUCCUGCCUGAGCCCAGCGCACGCCAGGGCAGCGGCGCCUCUGCGGGCCGAGCCAGCCGCUGUCCCCGCUCUAUCUUCAGCAACAUUAAGGUGUUCGUGCUCUGCCAUGGCCUCCUGCAGCUCUGCCAGCUCCUGUACAGCGCCUACUUCAAGAGCAGCCUCACCACCAUCGAGAAGCGCUUUGGCCUCUCCAGUUCUUCCUCGGGCCUCAUUUCCAGCUUGAAUGAGAUCAGCAACGCUGUCCUCAUCAUCUUUGUCAGCUACUUUGGCAGCCGUGUGCACCGUCCGAGGCUGAUUGGCAUUGGGGGUCUCCUCCUGGCUUCUGGGGCCUUCGUCCUCACCCUCCCCCACUUCCUCUCCGAGCCGUACCAAUACACCGUGACCAUCGUGGGGAACAGCAGCCGCCUCCAGGCCGAGCUCUGUCAGAAACACUGGCAGGGCCUGCCCCCCAGCAAGUGCCACAGCAGCACCCAGGACUCCCGGAAGGAGACCAGCAGCGUGUGGGGUCUCAUGGUGGUGGCCCAGCUGCUGGCAGGCAUUGGCACGGUGCCCAUCCAGCCGUUUGGGAUCUCCUAUGUGGACGACUUCUCAGAGCCCAACAACUCGCCCCUGUACAUCUCCAUCUUAUUUGCCAUCUCUGUAUUCGGACCGGCUUUCGGCUACCUGCUGGGCUCGGUCAUGCUGCAGAUCUUUGUGGACUACGGCAGGGUGGACACAGCUAUGGUUAACUUAAGCCCUGGAGACCCUCGGUGGAUAGGAGCCUGGUGGCUGGGCCUGCUCAUUUCCUCGGCCUCCUUGGUUGUCUCCUCUUUCCCCUUUUUUUUCUUUCCUCGAGCGAUGUCCAGAGGGAUGGAGAGGACCCCUGCCAUGGCGGACGAGGCAAGGAAGAUGGAGGAGGCCAAGCCAAGGAGCUCCCUGGUGGAUUUCAUUAAACGGUUCCCCCGCAUCUUCCUGCGGCUCCUGAUGAACCCGCUCUUCAUGCUGGUGGUCCUGGCCCAGUGCACCUUCUCCUCUGUCAUUGCCGGCCUCUCCACCUUCCUCAACAAGUUCCUCGAGAAGCAGUACGGCGCCUCGGCGGCCUAUGCCAACUUCCUCAUCGGUGCUGUGAACCUCCCGGCCGCGGCCUUGGGAAUGCUAUUUGGAGGAAUCCUCAUGAAGCGUUUCGUUUUCUCCCUGCAAACCAUUCCCCGAGUGGCUGCCACCAUCAUCACCAUCUCCAUGAUCCUCUGUGCCCCUCUGUUCUUCAUGGGCUGCUCCACUCCCAAGGUGGCUGAGGUCUACCCCCCCAGCACAUCAAGUUCUAUACAUCCACAGCCUCUCGCCUGCCGCAAGAACUGCUCGUGCCCAGAUUCCCUCUUCCACCCGGUUUGCGGAGACAAUGGGGUUGAGUACCUCUCCCCCUGCCACGCCGGCUGCAGUGACAUCAAUGUCAGCUCUAUAGCCUCUAAGCAACUGACCUACCUGAACUGCAGCUGUGUGAGUGGGGCAUCGGCUUCAGCAAAGACGGGCCCGUGUCCCAUCCCCUGCGCCCACUUCCUGCUCCCAGCCAUCUUCCUGAUCUCCUUCGUGGCCCUCAUAGCCUGCGUCUCCCACAAUCCACUCUAUAUGAUGGUACUGCGUGUGGUGAACCAGGAGGAAAAGUCAUUUGCCAUCGGGGUACAGUUCUUGCUGAUGCGUCUGCUGGCCUGGCUGCCAUCUCCAGCCCUCUACGGCCUCACCAUCGACUACUCCUGCAUCCGGUGGAGCUCCCAGUGCUCGGGGAGGCGGGGGGCCUGUGCUUACUACGACAAUGACGCUCUCCGAGACAGGUACCUGGGCCUGCAGGUGGGCUACAAGGCUCUGGGCACGCUGCUGCUCCUCUUCACCAGCUGGCGGGUGAAGAAGAACAAGGAGUACAAUGUGCAGGAGAAGGCCGCCGGCCUCAUCUGACCCUCGACUCAGCCACCACCCGGCCCCGAGAGCAGACCUGCUCCCACACCCGCCCAUAUUACUAAUGUUAACACGGCAUCUCCUUUUUGUUUCUUAAGUAGGAAGAAAAGCCCAUCACCAUUUGCCUCCCUGUCCCCUCCUCCCAGAGCCCUCCACAGACCCUUAGGGCCGGGUGGGUACAGAGCUGGAGGGUGGGAUCUUCCCUGGCACAUUGGGAGGGGCCCCCACAGGCCCAGGCUCAUCUGGCACAGUGGGGACGCUCACGGAGGCAGCCCCUGUCCCCGAGCCCUCAGGGAGUAGUUUUCUAACUGAGGAGACCUUGGGUAUCUGCCAGAGGAGAAGGGAGGGGGCUAGGGACAGAGAGCCUGGUUGCAGCCCCCUACACAUCUGGGCUCGGCCCCCUCUGCGCCUCCUCUGAGCCCAGGAGGGUCUGGCUCCCUUCCCCUCCGAUCCUCACUUCCUGCCCCAAGAGGCCACUUUGGGAAGUAUGGCCAGCUGGUCCCCUCUCCAUCACCCACACUCAGGCACCAGAGCUGGGACCAGUCCCCAGGGAUGGACCGUCCCAACGCUGUUCACAUGAACUCUAGACCCUUCUGGACACGGGUCUGCGCACGUUCAUCUCUGUCUUUCCAGGGGCACAUCUCAAACGGAGAAGGCCGUGCGGUGGUGAGGACCUGAGGCAGGCUGUGAUUCCCAGCCCCCGCUUUCACCCCACAGCACGAGGGCCAGACGCCUCACCUCUCAGGGGUGGGAAGACCUCCCUUCCUGCUGCAGACACACACACACACACACACACACACACA